AUGAGAGCUUUUCAAAUAUUAUUGUUAAUUAUAGCUUCUGAAAGCUUUAGUGCUUUUGCUAACGAUUAUUUGACGCUUUUAUUGGACGAAGCUCUAAAUAAUUUAAUUGCAAGUUUAAUUAAAAGAGAUAUUGAGAAUUUACAACUUCAUAAAUCCAAGCUUUUAUGUACGCAUUUUGACCAGGCUCACAGGAAAGAGAGUGGUAAAGGAGAUCGAUGUAAAUGA